UGCUCUGCGCCUGCGCGCUGACCGCCCGCUGCGGGGCCUGCCCGAUGCUUUCGUGGCGGCGUUGAGGCUCAUGUCGAGUCGGUCUUGGUCUCUCCACGUGAGCGCGGUCACCGCUACGCAGCAUGUCGGUGCUGAGCCCGGUGCAGAUUAAAGAGGCGAACGCACACUUGGCGGCCGUUCACCGCCGAGUGACGGAGCUGGAGCGGCGGCUCGAGGCAGCUGAGCGGACCGUGCGGGAACAGGCCGAGCGGCUCAUGAGCAAAGACCGCGAGCUGCAGGCCGCCAUCCGGGAGCUCACCCUGCGCAAGGACCGGGAGAUGGUGGACGUGCAGGAGAAAUUGCAGGAUUGCGAGGGCACCGUACAGAGGCUGCAGACAGUGAUGAAGGAGAAGGACAAUGUGAUCGCCCAGCUCAGACACCGCAGUCAGCUGCUGGAUAAAAUCACCCGCAGCCGGCCCCUGCUUGAUAACUUGCUGUCAUACAUGGCUGAGGCUGAGCGCUCACAGAGUGACCACCUCCCAAACCUUGAGACUCAGCCUGGCUUUCUUGAUGACCAUACACACUCCCUCCUCUCAGGAAUCAAUGGGUUAAUGAACACAAGUCCCAGUGACCAACAUUUCUCGGUUAGUGAGGAUGAUAUGGAGGAACCUGGUCAAGAUGAUGCAAUCUUUGGGACCACAGUUUAAAGCUGUGCAUUCAGAAGUUUGACCCUCCUGUUGAGAGAUGUUAGGAAGAAUUCACAAGUGCCUGUUGUUUCUGCAGAAAUGAACAUCCCCACGCCAACACCUGUGAACAUCAAACCUUCUAUUCACUGUAAGAAGUGAAAACCGGAGCAUUUCUAAAGUGUGCAGUCCGAUUUCUGGACAUCCUAACACUGUAUUCCAAAGAUUCUGGAAUUUUUCAUCCUCUAACUUGAACAGAGGGUAUUUUCCUCUGUGAAUGUAAAAGAACAGUGUGAAAUGCUUAAUGAUGAUAGCGUGUUAUUAACAAUGGUGUUGGGGUAUCUUUGGGUUUACCUAAAUGAUUUUUUUUCUGAAUAUUUGAGAGAAGGCAGCAGGAGUAAGCAAGUACUGACCUUGUAAGUUCAACACGAAGAGGUGUCUUAAGCUGCCUCUUCUUCUCAGUUCCUCCCAACCUCUAGAGUUAAUGAAACAAUCAUGUCAUCAUUGUAAUGAAAUUUGAGGUUGUUCCCAAAGCUUUUUGACUUCAGAUAGGUGUAUUGAGUGCCUGGAAGGGUAGAAGUUAUAUUUGUUACAGAUAUUUUCAUGUUUUACAGCCUGGCCAUUUACAAGGUACUGUUACUGCUAAUGAAGGGAGUCUAGCUGCUGGAGUGGUUAUGGUGUGAUGUCUUAUCUAUGGGGUCUGACUUUAAAUGCAGCCUGGAAUGGAGAAGCCCUUGCUCUAUGGGUAUUAGCAGCAAUGUUGCUUAAAUAUUAUCCUUGUGCCUGGUAAACAGAACAUACCCACUUAAAGAACUGUCCGAAUUGUUAUAGUUUUUGUGUGCACAAAAUGUCUGUGUAUUCCUACUAAUUACCUAGCCUGAUAUUACAACCUGAGUCCGUCAAUGUGUGAGCCAGGACCUGCAAAUGUAGACUCUGGUAUCAUCACUCCGGUGGAUGUAUUUUCAGGGUUCUUCACCUGAGUUUCUGAAUUCUGCCCUCACCCUGAUAAUAGUCUCAGCAACGCUGGCUGUAAUGGAUUCAAUCCCUUACUGAACCCGUCCGUUGAUUGGAUGCUGUACCCACUUUCAAAACUUAAAACUUCUGUGUUCUUUGUCCAGAGGUAACUGUUAAGAUUAUAUUUUAUUGUCACAUGUACCUGAGUCCAGUAAAACUGUAGAGUUGCCACACUCCAACGCUAUUUCAGAAUACAGUAGUUAGAAUUAAAACUAUAGAAUUUAAAACCAAGAGCUGAAAUUAAAGAAACAGAAACAAAAGGAAAAGAAAAUGGCCAGAUCACCCUUAGCACCAUAAGUUCUGAGUCAGGCUCACCAGCGCUGCCUAUCGUUCUGCUUGAGGUCCACCUGAUGCUGAUGUUUGGAAGUUUGAACAGAGCUACCCACAGAACUGUGAGGAGCAGGGGAAGUGAUUUCUAGCCAGUGAGUUGGCUCUACACUAACAAUCUGGUCUGAGAACUGGGGACACUGCAUACACUCAAAGAAUAUUCCCUUUGAUCUGUCUGAAACAGAUGUGAUGUUUUGUGCACCACAUGAUGAUAACAGGGUGAGGAAAUUUUGUUAUAAAAUUCCUACAGUGUUGUACCCUGCUUCAAAUAUAUCCAUAACCCAGAAUAAUGUCCAAUAUUUGGAUAGUCCAAUUGUUUUUUAGGUCAUAGUGGCUAUCCCUGGCCAUUGCAAGCACACUCUCUGCACAUAAACUAAAAGCUAAAUACCCCAAAGAGUAUAACCAGUGAACCGUCCAGGGGAUGAGACACGGUCAGUGGAAAAAAAUGGGUCUGCCCUGGGAGCCCUGUUCUGCAUGAGGAGGAGGACACUUGGAAAAAAAUCUGCCCUGGAAACAUAGUGAUUUGGAACCACCGUUCCUCGAAGCAGGGUGGAUUGGGAACAAGCCUACUCUGAGAUUAGAUCAUUUGGCAGUGAAUGAGUGAACCUGUCCUGGAAGUGCAGUAGUGGAUGAUCUCAUAUUCAGUCUACAGAAUAUACAUAAUUUAGUGAUGUUUUUCCCAGUUAUGGUGACGUUAGUAUUUCUGGAAAACUGUAUUGGCCAUCACAGUUCCUGUGUUAGAAUAGUAAUUAUAUUUUAAAAAAUACUACUCUAGUUUUAUAGCAUAUUGAUACAUUCUGAAGAUGUCCGAGAUACUAUGGAAAUACAAGUCACUGGGAGACUUGGGUCAGGAACAUGGUGGUCUGGCAACAAUAUUCCUCCUCUGAUUUGUGAACUGCCCAAAAUGCCUUUUGCUCACACUGAGUAAUUGCAAAUUAAGUUUCCUCAACAGUAUAUUUUGCACUUUAUUCCACUGGGAUUGCACAGCAGUAACCUGAAGUCUGGCCGGACUUGCAGUUACCUUCCUUUAUAGGGCAUUUAGUGACUCAUAGUGAGUUAUUGAGGUUGAGUUAAAAAAUAUAAAUCGUUGGUGCAAGUUUUGGAGUUUAAUUGUCAUUGGGUCCAGAGCUAUGCAAUUCCUUAGCUGAGAGCACUUUCAGUUCAUUGCAUCCAUCUGUCCCUACCUGGUGUACUUUGGGUCUCAACAUGGCUCUCAGUCGAAACUUUAUCGAUUUGUGUUAGCACUUCAUCUGUGAAUAGAAAUAUCAAACUAAUACAAUUAUAUCUUUAAGUGAAAUUAAUGUGUUAAUAGCAGCUUUACUCAGGAAAGAGUCUGCUGUGUGUGCACACAUAAUCUGUCACUAAGUCCUAUUUAUAGCUGAUUUUUAAAAUUCUAUUCCGUUUGAACAGUUGCCAUCUGAUCAACUCAUAAAUCCCAAAUCACAACAGUGAGGAAGACUCCUGUAUGUCCUUGGAGAAAGAUGGGGGUUUGCAGGCCAGGCCACGCCACACUCAACAUCCAAUGCUGUUGAUGGUGUCUAAUUUCUGAUAAAGUAGAGCUGACAUCAGACACAGGUUGAUGAGUCCUGUCAGAGCAGCAGUGUUGAAGGGGAGAGGAGGAUCUUGAUCUUUUCUACCAUUCACACUCUUCUGUUGUGCUGUGCAAACCCCCUGAACAAACUUGUAAUUAUUCCCUGUAUUUUUAUUUUUAAAAAUCCAUUGCUAUCUCAUUUCAUUUGCUAUUGAGUCAUCCUUGCAUAACCACAUUGCCUUAUCUAAUCACUUUCUGAUCUCCAUCUUUCAGUGUAGCUACUUGCUGAUGUUCAUUAUUCUGUGUAAUUCCCUCUGAUAUAUUCGUUAUUCUCUGUAUAAGUCACUUAUUGUCUGUAUAAGUCAUUAUACAUUAUAGAUCCCACUUCAUUAUUCUGUGUGGAUCACUGAUAUUCAUUAUUCUCUAAAAACUAGUAUGAUAUUCAUUAUUCUGUGUAGAUUGCUGAUAUUUAUUAUUUUCUCUAAAUCACUGGUAUUCAUUACUCUGAUAUUACUGUGUAAAACACUGAUAUUCAUUAUUCUCUAUACAAAUCCCUCAGAUAUUCAUUAUUCUCUUAUGUAAAUCACUGUGAUGACCUUUUCCUCUAUGGAAUCACCUAUUUUGUGAGAGAUCCUCUGGAUGGCAAUUAUUUUCUCACAUCUAUAAGGAUUAUCAGUAGUCACUGUGUACGCCAAUCUCAAUAUAAUCACUCAAGCUAAUGUUCAUCUAGUCAAUUCUAAACCAUUAUUUUCCAUUAGUUUCUAAUUUUUCAUAUAAUUUGUGAAAAGCCUAUGUCCAUUAUGCUGAAAUUACAAUUAUUAUGUGAAUCUGCUGGAAAUCUGUUCAUCAAUUUGCUGCUCUGGUUCUUUUCAUUUUUUUUUAUUUGUUACAAAAUACAUGGAUAUUUGUUGCAAAAUACAUGGAUGGAAGUUACUAGGCAAUUGAUCACCUUGACUCGGGUUUAAGCAACAGUGAGCAUUCAGAAAAAGUUAAUUUGGAAUUGAUGUGGUAAAUUUGUUGAACUCUGAGGUUGGGUGACUGAUCUCACUGUGGGGAGAUUUUUACAAUGCAUUGUUGCCAUUUUUAUGUUCAAUGUUCCUGAUUUAGUUUUAUAAUUGCAAUGUAUAUUACCUGACAGCAACAACGCACUAAAUAACUUAUGAGUUAGAACAUGUAGAAAACCAGUCAGCAUAAAUAGAAAAUAACACUUGGCUUUGAGGAGAAAGCAGUCUUGAGGAUGCUUGUAGAUUACAGGUAUAUGCUCAGUACUAGCUUGUUCAUGUUCUCUUACAAUGUAAUCUUUUGUUUCAAGGGUUUUGGGGCUAUGGUGUGAUGUUCUUUGUUUGAAAGUUACUGGGUGAAUGUAUCACAACUUGCUCAGGGCUAAUGUUUCACAUAUGUGCAGUUUCUGAUCAACAUUUGUAGACACCAAUCUGAUAAGCUGGUGCCUUUUAUAAAACAGUGCAAUAACUUCAUAA